AUGGCGGAUCACCCGGAAAUGCGCAAGAAGCGCGCUCUUACACCAGACAGGGAUGAGGAGCUCGACAACACUCCAAAGUACGCCGAUCAGGCAACAAUGGCGGCGCGUCGGGUUGUGCGUGUUCGACGCUCCACUCCACAAGAAACUGCUGCACCAUCGCUAAGUGGUGUCUUCAGUGCCGUCUCGGGUAUAUCACCAGCAAGUGUACCGACUCUUACCACGAGAUUUGGUUCUGACGGCGAUAAAAACAGCAAUAAUAGUACAGGUGAGAAGAAUAUUUCUAUGCCUUCUUUUUCGUUUGGUGAAAAGUCAACAGGGUCCACUUCUUUUUCGUUUACAACACCAUCAGCAGAGAAAACUUCUGCUGAAACCCCAAAGUUUACAUUUGGGGUUAAGAACGACAAUGUCACGAACACGGCCACCACGACAACGACGACGAACCCUACUGCUACUACGACUACUACCAAGGAUAACAAUAAGGAUAACAACGGUACCAGCAGCGGUGGUACGUCGACAACGCUCUUUGGAGGGGCGUUUAAUUUUGGUGGAACAGUAAAUUCUUUCUUGGAGGCAAAAGAAAAAAUGGCCAAAGCAGGAGAUGCUGCGUCUGAGACAGCACCGACUUCAGAAUCUCCAGAGUCGAAUUCUACUAAUGAUGCACUCGCGAAUGCAACACCUGUAAUAGCUUCAACUGGUGAAGUGUUGGCUUCUAUUCCUGCCAAGUUAUUUGUGUUCAAGUUGGAGAGCAAUAGUUGGGUGGAUUGUGGCGCUGGUGAUGCGAAGGUUAAACGGCAUGAAUCUGAGAAUUCAAAAGGGGAUGAAAAAAAACAGAAGUAUUUGUAUCGCCUUAUUGUUCGAGAUGGUUACACUCUUAACGCCCCACUAUGCAGCAGUUUCCGUCUAAAUAAAGCAGAAGAUACACACGUCAUUUUCGCGAUGCCAUCAAACGACAAAAUUACAACAUAUUUACUGAAAUACACUGGACAACAAGCUGCAACUCGUGGUGCUGAGUUUACAAAAACUCUAAAAGAAACACUUGAACUAGCUCAGGCAAAUUCUUCAUAA